AUGGCGGAAAACCCAAUUCCUGACGGCCCAAUGCAGUGGCAUUCUGACUAUAUUCCAUAUCUUGACAGUCUACAAGGUCGUGAGGAUGCAUUUUUCUUCACAAGAGAUGAUGAUCAAAAUCGCCAAAAAACGUGGUUUGAACCAAAAAAUCUCAUGACUGAUGAAUGCAUCCUUGCAAGGGAAUGCAGUUCACAUAAAAAAAAGAUGUUGCAACGGGCUGUCAGAAUGUAUUGUAUAAAGGAUAUGAGGGAGUUUAAGGUUGAUGACUCAAACAAAUCUAUAUGGAGGCUGGUUUGUAAGCGAAAGACUCAAGGCUGUCGGUGGUUGCUUCGGGGAAUUGUUAAGCCUGAUGGUCUGUGGGAAAUCACAAAAUUCCACCCAAAGCACACUUGUGAUAUGGGACAAAGUCGAGCAGAUCAUUUUAAUUUAGAUAUAAACAUGAUUGCUCAUGUGUUACUUAAACACAUUGAGGAAACUCCAAGGAUGCCCAUCAAAACUUGUAUUAGCAUGGUCCACUCCAAAUAUGGCAAAAUCAUAAGCAAGAGAAAGGGAUUUCUCGGGCAUAGACAUGCUUUUGAGAUGAUCUUUGGAACUUGGGAAUCCUCUUUUCGGGCGUUGCCGGGAUGGGACGAUGUAUAUGGCCGAUAUGACAUUAAGCUCCUAAUUGUAGUAGAUAUGGAUGCCAAUGGGUCAAUAUUCCCUCUUGCUUUCGUAAUUACCGCCAACGAGAGCAACGAGACAUGGGGGAUGUUCUUGACUCAUCUAAAAACUCAUGUUAUUAAGGGUCGUCAGGGCAUAUGUGUCCUAUCGGAUAGUCAUAAAGGCAUAUUGCACAAUAUGCGUACUCUGGAAGGGUGGCAGCCUCCACAUGUUUACCAUCGAUAUUGUUUAAGGCACUUAAAGGCUAAUUUGCAAAAAAAGUUUGGAAAUGACACGUAA